AUGAGUGAUGAGGAACGUAACGAAGAGAGUUAUCAGCUCAUGGAAGAAAAACAGCAAGAGAUUUGUAGAGGUAACUAUCCAAGUAAAAAGUCACCUUAACCAGGACAAUCAUAAACUGACAUAAGGAUAAAUAAUGGUUUUAAUAUUUGGUGAUAGAAAACGUGUCAGUUAUUUUGUAGGAUACCUGAGGUUACUAUAUAACUUAUUUAUGUUAGACCCGGUAACGAGUUGAAGUAUGAUUGAUUUUCUCUGGACAAUAUUUUCUCCUGAGCGAUUUUCACUUUAGGCAAUAUACUAAUUAGUUUUACGAGCAUUAUCCCGAUGAGCAAAUAGACUGCUAAUAUAAAGUUGUUAUCACCUAUAUAUUUACUUAAAUGUUUUUUUUUUUUAAGUUAAACACAUAAGAGCAAAAUGGGACAUGGGUAUUAGAGAAUAA